AUGUUUAUCAGACAAUCAUCGAGGCUUCCUAGCCAAUUGGCUAGGCAAGCAGCUUCCCGUCAGUUCUCCACGCGAGCUGCGCUUCGGCAAGAGAUUCGGGACGCAUACAUUAUUAGUGCCUCGAGAACACCGACAGCAAAGGCAAAAACAAACGGUUCAUUCAAUGGCUCAUUCACGAGUGUAACUGCGCCGCAGCUGGGCGCCGUCGCCAUCAAGUCCGCAAUCGAAAAGUCCAAAGUCCCCGUCGACAAGAUCACCGACGUGUACAUGGGUAAUGUCCUACAAGGAUCCGUUGGGCAGGCGCCGGCUCGCCAGGCUCUGAUCUUUGCCGGUCUCCCGUCUAGUGUGGAAGCGAUCACCAUCAACAAGGUCUGCGCAUCCGGCAUGAAAGCCGUUGUUUUUGCCGCACAAAACAUCCAGCUCGGUCUGUCGGAGGCGCAGGUUGCUGGUGGCAUGGAGAACAUGACGAGGGUGCCUUAUUAUGUGCCCCGCGCUUCUAGCCUGCCGCCAUUCGGGCAUGUCCAGAUGGAGGACGGCCUGAUCAAGGACGGGUUGACUGACGUCUACGACAAAUUCCACAUGGGCAACUGCGCCGAGAACACGGCUAAGAAGUACGAUAUUUCUCGCGAGAUGCAAGACGAGUACGCUAUCGAGUCCUACAAGCGCGCUCAGGCUGCGUGGAAAGCCAACGCCUUUGCCGAGGAGAUCGCUCCUGUUACUGUUCGCGGAAGGAAGGGCGACACAGUUAUUGAGUCUGAUGAGGGAUACCUCGACGUCAAGUUCGACAGGGUGCCUACCCUGAAACCGGCCUUUGUGCGCGACGGCACCGGCACUGUCACUGCUGCCAACUCCUCCACGUUGAACGACGGUGCCAGUGCACUUGUUUUGGGCAGCAAGGAGAUUGCGCAAAAAUACGGUUCCGAUUCUCGAGUGCUGGCAAAGAUCUGCGGCUCGGCCGACGCCGCGGUUGAUCCUAUCGACUUCCCCAUCGCUCCAGCCAAGGCGGUACCCAUCGCACUUGAGAGAGCGGGUAUCACCAAAGACCAAGUCGCCGUAUGGGAGUUUAACGAAGCUUUUGCCGCUGUCAUCAAGGCAAACGAAAAGAUUCUCGGAUUGGAGGGUGCUCGGGUUAACCCUCUCGGCGGAGCGAUCUCCCUCGGCCACGCCCUGGGUAGCUCCGGAUCACGAAUUAUCGUCACUCUGCUGCACCAGCUGAAGCCUGGCGAAUACGGUGUUGCAGCCAUCUGCAACGGAGGCGGCGCGGCCACGGCGAUCGUCGUGCAGCGUGUCGAGUCCGUCCAGAUCCGCACAUUCGUCCGUGCUCAAAACAUCGACGAGCUCCGGAAUUGGCUCCUCGUCGAGCCCAAUGCAAAUCAACAAUAUCACGCCCUCGCCAAUGAGCUGCGGACGCAGUUCCGCUCAUCACGGCAUGGCUCCAACGGGACAAGCAGCACAGCGCUCGAGAGCACGAUAGAGAAAUGCCUCCCCGAAGAGGACGACGUGCCCGAGGGCCAGGGCUCACCGUGGCCCGGCUUUGUGACUUUUAUGAAGGACUACAUGGUCUUCUGGCGCGACGUCGACUAUGAUGACCUUUUGGGUGCGCACACGUUGCUCAGUGGGCUGGUAAACUCCUGUAGUACCGCCUUUGCCCACCCUACCUAUGGAGGUAUGCUACUAAAGACGGCAAUUUCCCUCUGCGAGUCCCUGUCGCGCCUGACAAUGAUGUUGUCAAAGCGUCCGGAUCUUACGCGCAACAUCCGUAACGUCGACGCCGACGACCGCAAGUCCAUUGCCGAAUCCUCGGCUGAGAUCAUUCAAAAGAUCUUCACCACUUGCCUUACGGACCGUUCUAGCGCGCGGUACAGCAAGCCGGAAGGCAAGAAGGUUGGCGUUUACAUGUUCGCCAACCUAGUGCUAAAGCUCCUCUUCGCCUGUCGGAGAACGCAUCUUGCGAAACAAAUAUUCACAAAUAUCUCCACAAAUUCGCCACCAUUAUCGUUCUAUCCGGCAUCACAGCGCGUCAACUUCCUCUACUACCUAGGCCGCUUCAACCUCGCAAACUGUCACUUCCUCCGCGCAGCGCUCUGUCUCGAAGAGGCCUACCUUCAGAUCCCACCACCCCUCAUAUCUCAUCGCGCCCUGGUCCUCAGCUACCUCGUCCCUUGCAACUUCUUGCUGGGCCGUCUACCCUCCCAGCUCCUGCUCUCUCGCCCUGAGGCAUCAGCCCUCGUACCAGUCUACCAACCACUGAUUCAAGCGAUCCGCAAGGGAGACUUUGUCCUCUUCCAACAGACGCUGGCCCAGCACGAGAAAUAUCUCUUUGAUAAGGGCCUCCUCCUCGUUCUCACUCAUCGCCUCAGACCUCUGCUCUGGCGCUCCCUCUCCCGCAGAACAUUUCUCCUCACCUACGCUCCGGGCCAAGACGACGCAAACCCCUCCAACACAAACCGACGCGCCGCAACAAUGGACCUCGCGGACCUCCACGCAACGUCCCAGUACCUCCAACACCGCCUCGAAGGCUACAUCCCCUCCAAGUCGCCUUCCUCCUUCGCACCGUCGACAGCGUCCCCCGCUUUCCUCAAAGCAGUAAGCCACGACGCGGCCUCGACGCUCGUCCCGCCGCCUGGCGGGCCCAAGAAGCUGCGCCCCAACGAGGGACUGGUCUGGGGUAACUCCCCCGUGGAGAUGGACGACGUGGAGAUGAACGUCUCGGUGCUGAUCCAGCUCGGCUUCAUGCACGGCUUCAUUGCGCACUCGCAGGGGAGGUUCGCCGUCAUGGGUGCCACGAAGAAGAGUCCCGUGUUGGCUGGGUGGCCGACGCCGUGGACGGCUAUUCGGGAGAGGCAGUACGAGGAGGAUCUGGAUUUGGAUCAUGUGCCUGGGUGGGUGAAGGGUUGA